AUGCAGAACGCUUUUGUACCAAAGAAUCGAAGGCCAAAGUUUGAUUUGCAGCUCAAGAUCAUCGACUUGAACAAUGUUCCUCUCGUAUCCGGAACAUCUUACGUCAAAUGGCAUCUACCUUCCUCUACCUCCGCUGAGCACCGUGGGCACACCUCGAAAGCGGGGAUCAGAGACCACAAGGUUUUGUGGGAUUACGUCAAGACGCUGCCUGUCCGUUUAACAGUGGACCGUAAUGGCAUGUUGCAGGAGUCGGAAAUACAUCUCGAGGUCCUGCAGGAGUAUUCGCCUGGUACACGAGCCGAAAGGAUCGUGUUGGGAAAUGUGAAGCUGAAUUUGGCUGAGUUUGUGGGUGGGAGCGACGAUGGGGAGGAGGCUGUCACCAGGAGAUAUUUGAUGCAGGAGAGCAAGAUCAAUAGCACUUUGAAGAUCGGCGUCUACAUGAAACAAACAGAAGGAGACAAGACUUUCAUCGCCCCUCCACUCAAGACCGCGCCUGUCUUCGGUGGGAUUGCUGGUAUCAUGACGGCCGAGCAAGCUGAUGGUGAUGACGGAAAUAAUGUGCCAUCUAUGUCAUCUCAUGCUCGAGAAAGUGGCAGGCUUCAAGAUAUGUACCGUCGAACUCUGGCUGCGUCAUGGCUUGCACAGGAUGGCGAGCUGCCGGCCGAUAAAUGCAUUGAGGAUAUCUUUGCUGGCGGAGAUGGAUGGGCAACCGAUCAUGAUCCGGGUGUGAAUGUGAGUCCUAGGCUGGGAGGUAGCACGGAGGAGGACGACAGCGAUGGAGACAGCAGAACCUUGCGAGGUCACAAGAGGCAUACGUCGGGCACUGGAAGUCGAGGUACUAUGAGGCCAACGCGUCAAGAGCGGAAGUCUAGCAAAGGCGACCAAGGGCACACCGGUGCCGUUAGCGGUAGGGGAAGUAUAGCGGACCACAUUCAUUCAGGUUCGAAUGCCAAGAACCAUGCUCACAGGCGGAUGCAUGAGGUGGAUGAGUUCACCUCACGGGAGGAUUUGAGAAGCUGGCAGAUCUCAAACAAGGACUGA